AUGGCUCCUGGAAAGGUCGCUCCCAGACGGGAUCCCAGGGCAUGGGAUGCCCUCACACCGCCGCUCGCGGAAUGGAUAUUGGACGCCGUGUCAACCAUGGGAUUUUCCCGAAUGACGCCCGUCCAAGCCGCCACUAUGCCGCACUUUAUGGGCAACAAGGACGUUGUCGUCGAGGCCGUCACUGGCAGUGGCAAAACCCUAUCCUUCUUAAUACCCAUCGUCCAAAAGAUCUUGCGCCUCCAAGAACCCACCAAGAAACACCACGUUGCUGCCAUCAUCGUCUCGCCCACCAGAGAGCUCGCCGCUCAAAUUCACUCCGUCCUCGUCUCAUUACUAGAAUUCCAUGCGCCGUCUGCAGAAAUACUACCACACCUCAAGGAUGACGAAAAACGACCUGCCACUACAGUCCCUGUGGUUGUGCCCCAACUGCUCGUUGGCGGUACGACUACCACCGCACAAGAUCUCAGUUACUUUCUGCGCCAUAGCCCCAACGUGCUGAUAUCUUCUCCAGGACGACUGGUGGAGCUCUUGUCCUCGCCUCACGUCCACUGCCCGCAGUCUAGCUUUGAAGUGCUCGUCCUUGAUGAGGCGGAUCGAUUGUUAGAUCUGGGGUUCAAACAAGACCUCCAGGGCAUUAUUUCACAUCUGCCGAAGCAGCGACGGACUGGUCUGUUUAGCGCCAGUGUUAGCGAAGCCGUAAGCGAGAUUAUUCGGGUCGGUUUGCGGAACCCCGUCAAGAUUGAAGUCAGAGUCAAGAUGAAGGAUGGCGGGGUGUUGGAAGACAGGAAAACACCUGCCAGUUUACAAAUGACAUAUCUCGUCAAACCUGCGACGCAAAAACUGCCGGCGUUAGGGCAACUGCUCGAGAGACUACCGAUCACACCACAACGAACGAUUGUGUUUUUGUCGACGUGUGCGGCGGUGGACUACUUUCAACAUGUGUUGCCAGGUAUCCUCCCCGCUGGGUUCUCAUUAAUACCACUGCACGGGAAGCACCCCGCAAAGGUGCGAGAAAAGAACUUUAACAGAUUCUUGAGCGCCGUCUCCCCGACGGUGCUCCUGACAACGGAUCUGGCGGCACGGGGUUUGGAUAUUCCUCAGGUUGACCUAGUUGUGCAAAUCGAUGCACCGUCAGACCCCAAGGUAUUCAUUCACCGGAGCGGGAGAGCUGGGCGAGCGGGAAGAAAAGGUCUCGCAGUAGUCAUGCUCCAUCCCGGACGUGAAGAAGACUAUGUGCGAUUUUUGGACAUUCGCAAAACGCCAAUUACUCCAUUGGAAAAGCCAGGGAUUUCGAUAUCAGAAGACGCUGCCACACGUGCUACAAAUCACAUACGUAAAUUGGCCAAAACAGACAGAGCAAUCUACGACAAGGCGCAAAAGGCAUUCGUAAGUUGGGUACGAAGCUACGGCGCGCACCAAGCAACGUCUAUAUUCCGAGUAACCGAUCUCGAUUGGGUAGACUUGGCAAAAGCAUGGGGGUUACUUCGGAUGCCGAGGAUGCCAGAGCUAAAGACCUGGAAGGGCGACAAGAAGCUGGGCAUAGAAAUGGACUGGGACACAUUUGCAUACAAGGAAAAGGCACGAGAGACGGCGAGGAAGGAGGCCAUGGAAGCGGCGAAGAAUGGUGACGUCCCUGAAAAGAAGGACGACAAGAAGCGCAAGAGGAAGAACGAGGCGUGGAGCGCCAAGCACGAAAAGGAGGAACAGCGUGUGGAGAGGCGCGAGAAGAGGCACAAGAAGAAGGAGGCGGAGAGGAAUGCAAACCUGACGGACGAUCAGAGGCUUGAAAAGAUGAAACUAGACGACCUGAUUGAGCAAGUGAGGGAGCAGAAUCGUACAAAGGCCGCGUCGAAGGAUGACGAGUUUGAGGGGUUUGAUGAUUAG